AUCACGAUAGUCAAUCUAAGCCACCGUUGUUGUAUUUGUCAACAGUGUCUUGCGUCGAAUGCCAUACGCAUGAAAUCAUUAGAUCUCUAAAUCUAUCAGUUCCUAAAAUGUCAGAUUCUGCAUCGUCGUCGUCCGCUUCAACAUCGGCUUCAUCUGGUCGAUCAGCACAGCUUGAACGGUUAAGAGCCCUUCACAUGCGACGGAAUGAAGCCAGACAAUUGAAUCAUCAGGAAGUGGUCGAGGAAGACAGAAAAUCGAAGCUUCCCACAAACUGGGAAAACAAGCAGAAGUGGGCGCAGUAUAAGCUAGACGAAGAACAAAAUUAUGAGGAAGCCAAAAAGCGCGGUGAAGAUUACUCACGUACGAAGUUGCUGAAUAUCAGUGCUGAGGAAGCGGAACGACUGGAAAAAAAGAAGCGUAAAAAAAAUCCGGAUGUCGGGUUUUCCGAUUAUGAGGCUGCAACAGUUAGACAAUACCAGCGCCUAGUGAAACAGAUGAAACCCGACCUUGAAUCGUAUGAAGCGAAGAAGGAACAUCUGGGUGAAGCCUUUUUCCCCACAAGAGAUACAAUCAUCCAUGGCCUACACAAGGACACCAAACAGGGUAUUGACCGCAUGGUGGAAGACCUUGAUAAACAGAUUGACAAACGAAAUAAGUACAGCCGUCGCAGACGCUUCAAUGAUGAUGAGGACAUUGAUUACAUCAACGAGCGCAACAUGAAGUUCAAUAAGAAACUGGACCGUUUCUAUGGAAAGUACACAGCAGAGAUCAAGCAGAACCUUGAAAGAGGAACUGCAGUUUGAUUUUGUGCAAGCAGGCAGUUUUAUAAACACAAAAUAAAAGUGAUGCUUUUGA